AUGCUUAUGACUUUAGAAGAGGCAGAAUCAGAAGAGGAUGUUAUAUAUAGAGCAAUCUUCUCUCCCUUCAAAUUAGUUGAAACAACAGAUAAUCCACAUAUUGAAGUUUUUUUGAGUGUUUAUUAUCGCCAACUCGAAUUGCCAGAAGAAGCAAAAUUAACAAGUCAAGAAUGUUUAACUUUAAUAACAAAUAUGGACAUAGAUCCAGAAAAUUCAACCCCAAAUAUUCCUUUUUAUUAUUAUUACCAUUACAAAAUUAAUUCAGAUAAUUUACAAAAUAAACUUGAACAAUUUAUUUUAAAUAAUUAUUUUAUUAAUUUAAUUGUUAGUGAAAAUAAUAAUUUAAUUGAAAGAGAAUAUCUCAAUGAAAAUGUUUUUGAUUUAUAUUAUUCACCUAAUGAUAGGGGGAGUGCUGUGCCCCACAUGCGUUUGGAAUUGUUUACUGCUAUACAAAAUCAUUGUGUUGCAAUUAUAAAUGAACAUAAUGCUAAACAAAGUGAAGAAGACAAAAGUGGGUGA